AUGAAGUUCGCAAAGGAGCUCGAGCGCGAGGCAGUUCCUGAAUGGCGAAUCAAGUAUCUCAAUUACAAGGCGGGGAAAAAAUACGUCAAAGCCGUCGCCUCGGCCAUCCAGAGAACUUCCGGCUCUACGCCUCGACUCCUUAACCCACGCCGCACUCCAACCUUUUUUUCAAUAGCAGGACCUCAGACGGAGCCUUCUCCCAAGCCGUCUUCUCGAUUCGAUAACUUUCAGCCUUCUGAUGAGGCUCCUAGAAGCUCGAGAUGGCAUGGUCAGUCGGGGCCGGUCAACAUCGCAACGCAGACGGAAGACGAGGCCCUGAACAGCAAUGGCAACAGUCUGGGGUAUGGGAGCUUCGUACCAACGCCCCCUCCAGACCCUCGACCACUAUCGCGUCGCGAUGGCAACGACGACGACUUCGAGCUCCCUGCUCCUGCCAUUUACACAACAUCGUCCUCUCCCGGUACUAAACAAUCGUUGAGUCCUGGGAGAAAAGCUGCUCGUUUCAACUUCCAUAGGUCAAACUCGUCGGGUCCCUUGAGCUCUGGAACGCUGCCGACUCUGAUACCAAAAGACGUCUCCGAUGAUCGCCUCCGCCGCAUUUUUUCCAGCGCGAGAGAAUCUGCCCGAAUAACAGGCCUUCCGCGCCAGAGCCUUGACCUUGUUCGAGAGCGAGAACAGCAGUUUUACGCAUUCCUCGACUCAGAGCUUGACAAGGUGGAGACGUUUUACAAGAAGAAUGAGGAUCGAGCCGGCCAGCGCUUGGCCAUGCUGCGAGAACAGCUCCAUGAGAUGCGCAAUCGGCGAAUUCAAGAAAUAGCCAACGAACGUGCCAAUAACUCACUCUCCCGGUCGUCGAACCAAAAUUUUGGUGAGGGGAACCCUGAUAAGUCGAGUAGCUGGAUACAUCCGUUGAAGAAUAAGAUCUUCCCGCCAGGACCAAAUUCGAAAAGUUUCCAGGACAUGCCCCGUACACCACACCUAGCAGCUGGCAGCAGGGCUAAUAACGAUCGCAUGGACUAUGUGCGACGGCCAGAAAAUCACGAGGUGACAUAUCGAACAGCAAAACGAAAGCUGAAGCUGGCAAUGCAAGAGUUUUAUCGCAGCUUGGAGCUACUCAAGUCAUACGCCAUGCUUAAUCGCACUGCUUUUCGAAAGCUAAAUAAGAAGUAUGAUAAGGCUGUCAACGCUCGACCUCCCAUGCGCUAUAUGAACGAAAAGGUCAAAAACGCUUGGUUCGUCAAUAGCGAUGUUCUGGAAGCUCACAUCAAAUCUGUCGAAGAUCUCUACGCGAGGUACUUUGAGCGCGGCAAUCAGAAGCUUGCAGUUGGCAAGUUGCGGAAGUUGCAUAAAAAGCCCAAGGACGAAUCCGGCAGCUCAUUCCUGAAUGGCUUCCUCAUCGGCACUGGAAUUGUCUUCAGCAUCCAGGGCCUCGUUUAUGGCACUCAACUGCUCAAUGACAAUAACCCGACAGUGCGUCUUCAGACAAGCUAUCUGUUACAGUUAUAUGGUGGUUAUUUCCUUAUGCUCAUGCUUUUCUCUCUUUUCUGCAUCAAUUGCUCUAUUUGGCUGCAGAACAGGGUUAAUUACCCCUUCAUCUUUGAAUUUGAUCAGCGAAGUCAGCUCGACUGGCGUCAGCUCUCUGAAUUCCCCUCUGCGUUCCUUUUGCUUUUUGGGGUUAUUAUGUGGGCCAAUUUCAGCAGAUAUGGGGACGAUACCAUGUUUCUUUAUUACCCUGUACUUUUGGUUGGCCUAACCGUCGUUGUUAUUCUAUUUCCUGCUCCUGUGCUUGCAUACAAGAGCCGCAGAUGGCUUGCAUAUUCACAUUGGCGUCUUCUCUUGUCUGGGUUUUACCCUGUGGAGUUUCGUGAUUUUUUCCUAGGAGACAUGUAUUGUUCUUUGACAUAUUCAAUGGCGAAUAUAGAACUAUUUUUCUGCUUGUAUGCACAUCAUUGGAAUAAUCCUGGGCAGUGCAAUUCGACCAGCUCCCGCCUGCUUGGGUUCCUGACGACGCUUCCGGCAAUAUGGCGUUUUCUUCAGUGUAUUCGACGUUACAAAGACACACGCAAUAUCUUCCCACAUUUGGUCAACUGCGGCAAAUAUGCCGCCACCAUAUUAUCUUACCUCUGUCUAUCCCUCUACCGCAUUCAUCAGAGCCGCACCAACCUUGCCUUGUUUGUGACCUUUUCAACCAUCAACGGCGUAUAUACUUGUAUUUGGGAUCUGUUCAUGGAUUUCUCCAUACUUCAGCCCCAGAGCCGACAUACUGCUCUCCGCGAUAUUCUCGCCUUAAAGCACCGCUGGAUCUACUACGUGAUUAUGAUUGUCGAUCCUGUGCUCCGAUUCUCAUGGAUUUUCUAUGCUAUAUUCACUCAUGACCUCCAGCAUUCUACCAUUGUUUCGUUCAUGGUUAGUUUUAUGGAAGUUUUCCGCCGCGGCAUAUGGUCUCUCCUUCGUGUAGAAAACGAACAUUGCGCCAACGUAGCGCAAUACAAGGCUUCUCGCGAUGUCCCCCUCCCCUACCACAUUGAGCCGCUGCUUGAGCGUGCCAGCAUCGAAUCCAGCCCCAUAUUGGCAUCCGAAGAGGAGCGGCAGGCUGAGCCGCAGCCACCACGACCGCAGCCAGCAGAACACCCCAGCUUCUACGACUCUGCAAGCUCUACUGCCGUUGCUGGCCUUCCAAGUGGUAGCCUUCGGCGCCGCACCGACCUCUCUUCACCUCAUAUUACCCGAAGUUUCUCUAAGAUAUUGGCCGAGGCGCAUAAGCAGGAUUUCGAGAAGAAGCGGAAGCCCGUCGAAGAAGCCGGCGAGGAGGCUGGUGGAAUUGGUCAAAGCGACGAUUUUGAUGAUGAUGACGAUGAUGAAGACGAUGACGCCGGCAGUCUGUCGGAUAUGCGCCCCCGAAACAGCGGGGAUGCAGCUUAAUAUUUGUUAAUGCUUCCACCAUGAUUGAGGAACUUUGUGGCUGGUUAUUGUUGCCAUAGUAUUGCAUGGUGGGUAUGUAUGGAUGGAUGGAUGGAUGGAAUGAAAGCAUUGCGAUUUAUCAGAGAUGGAUAAUGAACAGGGAUAUGCUUCAACGUCGAGGUGGCAUAUCCUGGGGAAGAUGUUGGCUAUUUGACACGCAUAUUCACGACGAAAAUAGACUGGAUGAGAAAAAGUUGGCAACAUAAUGGGGGAAGGGAAGGUGAGGUGCAUGAUGAUGGAAUAGGAGACAAAUUGGAUUGAGAUGAUAUAUAUCAAAAUGAUAAUGUGUAGUAGCAUGGAGACACAGCAUAGCGUUGAAUCACAUUGCUUGCGGUC